AUGCUUAGUAACACUAGGCCAGAAUAUGUCUUCAAUCAGAUUUUGCCUCGAGAAUAUAAAGGACUUGAAAUUGAGCCAAGCAAGAUGAGUGGACACGAAAUAAUGAUGCGUCUGCCUGGUGAGACAGCCCCAACACCAAAUGAGGACCUAAACGCCCUACAAAGUACAGAAAUGAGGGACGUGGAAGAAGCGAAAUCGAUCGAACCGUGA